AUGGACGAAGCCAUCGCCGGCGCCGAAGCCAUCAUGGCCCCCAAAGACAAUAAGGCCCCCAAAGCUACCACGGCGCCUGAGAAGAGCAGCACACCUGCCACGAUAGACACUCCUACUGCCACAAAAGACACUCUUACUACUACUACAAACACCCUGAGCAGCCCAGCGAAAACAGGGAGCAGCCCGGUAAGGAACGGGAGCCAGGAUCAGAGGAGAAAAGUCAGCCUGACCAAGUACGGCAAGAACCGCACAUGGAGAGAUGGGCGGCAACAAAUCAAAUCAAGAGCACCGUCACGACGUGGCAGAUCGAAGUAUAAACUUCCCACAACCGAGUCAAACCCCUCUGUUCUUGAUGAGGAUUCUUCGGAGAACCCGAGUCUUGAGAAGAAGGCUGCUGGAACUGUUAGAGCUAGAGCAAAGAAAAGUGAAUCUCCAACUCGCAGCGCCUCGAAGAAAGUCUCCCAGCCUGAGGGAAGGACUGUGCCGAGCGAGGACCAACCCUCGGAGCCAGAGGAUGCGAAGCCCGGCCACGAUGGGUGA